AUGAAUAAAUAAUUUCUAGCUUUGGGAAUUGAAGGAAGUGCUAAUAAAAUUGGAGUUGGAGUGGUUACAAAAGAUGGCAACAUCCUCUCCAAUCCCAGGAGAACUUAUAUAACUCCUCCAGGAACUGGAUUUGUCCCCAAACAGACUGCACAACAUCAUAGAAAUAAUAUAUUGGAAGUCUUGGAUGAGGCACUUAAAAUUGCUAAGGUUACAUUGGAAGAUAUCAAUCUUAUCUGCUACACCAAAGGUCCUGGGAUGGCUGGACCACUUUCAAUAGGUGCCACUGUAGCUAGAACUUUGUCAUUACUUUAUAAAAUUCCAAUAGUCGGAGUCAACCAUUGUGUUGCUCAUAUUGAAAUGGGAAGACUGGCUACUCAAUGCUAAAAUCCUGCUGUUCUUUACGUAAGCGGAGGUAACACCUAAGUUAUAGCUUAUUCAAAAAAUAGAUACAGAGUAUUUGGAGAAACAAUUGAUAUCGCAGUUGGUAAUUGUCUGGAUCGUUUUGCAAGAUUAGUAAAUAUCAGCAACGAUCCUGCACCAGGAUACAACAUCGAAUAAUUAGCUAAGAAAGGUAAAAACUAUGUACUUGAUACUCCUUAUGUUGUUAAAGGAAUGGAUAUGAGCUUUAGUGGCUUAUUAACAUUUAUAGAAGACGUCGUUAAUGCAUAUCCACAAGUUAAGUUACCUGAAGUUGAGGGCAAUGAUAAAGCUAAAAGAAAAAAUAAAUAAUUAAAAGUCGUCAGGAAGUGGGCUAAUCCCAUUCCUAUAGAUUUGAGCACAGAAGAUUUAUGCUUUACUCUCUAAGAAACUAUCUUUGCUAUGUUGACUGAAGUGACAGAAAGAGCCAUGUCUCAUUGUGAAUCUACAGAUGUCAUUAUCGUAGGUGGGGUGGGCUGUAAUGAACGUUUAUAAGAAAUGGUGUCUAUCAUGGUCAAAGAUAGAGGUGGCAAGAUAGGAGCUAUGGAUGAGAGAUACUGCAUAGAUAAUGGAGCCAUGAUUGCUUAUACAGGCAUUUUGGAGUACUUUUCAAGUGGACCUACUAAUUUCAAAGAUACAUUUGUCACUCAGAGAUUUAGAACUGACGAAGUCGAUGUAAAAUGGAGGGAUGAUUGA